AUGCCACCUCGACCACGCCAGACUGCCUCACUGUCGGCCAUUCUAACUACAACCAGCGAUGCCACUCUACUGCGCUUGCCGCCUGGCGGUGUUGCCUGGCACAAGUCCGAAACACAUAUAGUGUUCAAAGGGCCAGAAGGCCAGCCCGUCCUCAGCCCACUCACAGCAUACGGAUACGUAAUGGCUGAUGACGCGCUCACCCGUCAUCAGACGUAUCACAUCCAUGGUGCUGUCGGGGUAGAUCUCGACGACGGUGCUGCUUUUAUUAAGCACAGCAGCAUCACGCAGAGUUUGGUUGCGACGAUUCCUCCUGAACCAGUCGAACUUGCAGGUAAAGCAAUGAUCAGCUCUAUCGGCAAGGUACAGAAGGUCGCGUUUGACAAUGUCAAUGAGGAUGGUGAAUGGCAGCUUACAGUUCAAGCGGAACAUGAGAUCUUCAAUCCGGAAGACAGAAAAGCAUUGCACUUUCCGAUUACUUAUUGCUUUGGGUAUUUUUCUCCUGGUUUAUCCGAGAUGGGAGAUAUCGAAAUAAAUACAUUGAUGUGGUUCGUGGGCACCGUCGAUUCGAAAGACUUGGUAUCUAAUCAGUUGAUUGUCCAAGUCCUUGAAUAUGGCAUCGUUGGGUCCUAA